AAAGUUAAAGAUAAAACAUCAACCUCAAGGAAUACAUAUAAAAAGUGUCACCUUUAAUCGCGAGUAUCUCAGCUCCCGCAUGGUCAAUCGUUUUCUAACUUUACACACACGUAUAGACGGUAUCUCCACCAAUACGCGGUUAAACUUGAAAAUGACUCCUAAGAAAAUGAUUUGACCGACUACCUCAAACCACCCAAGAAAUCAGUAGCUUUUCCACGCGAAUCUCAUAAUCAAGAAGCCGACUUGGGGGCUCGUAAUUUCACCUUGCGAUUAUUUCGCGGUACCUCACGAGUCGAACGCGAGAACGUCGGACGAAGGGCCGAUUAGUAGGAAGGAUCCUCGCAAUUUUUCUUCGAGUCCUCCCGAAUGCGUCUCCGUACUCCGCUCCUAAGGGAUUAUGCAUUUCCCUUUACGUAAUCCGGGCGCUUAUGCGCGUACGCGUAUGUGUGUACGCGGGAAAGCAAGGGGUACUAAAGAAGUCAGUUGCCCCACUCCACCACAGCUUGAACCAGUCCGCAAGCUCAGCUUCUCUCUUCUCAAGUUGCGAUCCAAGUAGUCAGCGUGCGAUCAGUGUCAGACCGUCAAUCAGUCCGUUCGGACGGCACAGAGGUCCGUCCCGCGCAGUGUUAUAUCCUAUUUUGUGAAGCUUGUCGCGCCAACCACUCACACACAGACACACACGUACACACGUAUAUAUACUCGUGAGACGCGCGCACGUAUCAGAAAAAGAGAGAGAGAAAGAGAGAGAAAGAGAAAGAGAGAACGGUAUUUUCGGUGUUUUGCGCUCGAACCACACUCCCGGGAUAUUUCGAGCGGAAAUGUCGGGGCGUCAAUAGUUUCCGAAAUACAGACGAAUCGAAAAUGCUGAGCCUGCCGUAAACCGAACCGACGAAAUGGGUAACAAAACUAUUCUCAUCGAUUAAAUUCAAAUAGUCUUUAACAAAAUGUCAACUUUGAUCUUAGCCAAGAAGAUACAUCGUGCUGAGAGACAAAAGGUCGUCAUAAAUGAUGACCUCCUCGGGGCAUUUUCGUCAAGGAAAAAAUUGCCUCCGAAUCGCUCAGAGAACCUCUCGGCAAAAAUCAGAUCGUGAAUUCAGGGACACCCCGUAUAUCCUCCUGGGAUUUUUACGCUUCCCAUAAUUUUAUGUAUAAAAAUUUUACCGAGAUAAUGCCAUCGCGUAAAAUAUACAUACCUCGUGAAACAUUCUACACAUUCACAUCCCGGGAUAAAAUAUAUAGAAAAUCUCUCGCAUAAAGUACUUCGCUUCUCGCGAUGACCUUGCAUUUAAUACGCGCUUUUAUACCGCGGGAACGGCCGGAGAAAUCGAUUUAUGCAAAAGAAAAAGAAGAGACGUGUGCUUCCACUCAGGGGAAAAAACGCACAAUCGCACUUUGCACAACCGCCGCACGCAACGCAGAAUUUUAAACCGAGUCGAACCUCGUGACAUUUUCUCCCAUCUACAACUAUUUCGGAGCCCGAAGGCGUAGUCGUGGCGUGGGACACCCCGUAUUCAAUACUACUUGCAUACACAGGUUGUCGUUCCCGAUUAAAUUAUAUCAUCAUCGAUGGUGAACGUCGAGAAUAAGACAUUGUCAACAAAUCACACCUGCCAGACAUGAAUUCCUGAACCGCUACCAAGAAGCACAACGCCAUCGGCUAAAGGCGACAUGGCAAGUCGAAUGAAAGCUCUGUACGACCAGGUGCUCUUUGAAAGACGAAUGCUUCUGGGUUGCACCGCUGCAGUAGGACUUUCGGCGUGUUUAUGGUCCAUAGCUAUAGGCACCGAUCAUUGGUACGGGCUACAAGCGCCGGAUGAUAAAGGUUUGCCUCUGGGUGGUGCCGGCAAAGCUGGCAGAAGACUGGUCUACAAGCAUAUGGGCCUGUGGAGAGGUUGCAUCACCGGAUUAAUGCCCGAAGCAGAGAACUCGACAAAUUUAGUGACUUACAAGGAAUGCAAGUAUCUGAAUAUGUUUCCAACGGAGUUGCAGAUAAAGCUGGACUCGAGCCUAGAUCCGACAGUGCUAAACUACGCCAGGACCGAGGUCUCGUUCGCCUUGAUCAGCCUCUUCGUGAAGGUGAUGGGCUUCUGCUUUUCGAUUUACACGUUCCGGAACCCGCGCUACAUGUUCAAACGCCUCGCCGGUGGGAUACACUUCAUAACCGCCGCUUGCAACAUGGUGGUGAUACAGGUGUUGUCCUCCUCGAUCGAGUUCGAGAGUACUCACGUGCACCAGACCUUCCCGGAGGGCGCGCUCGCGAGAUACGACUAUUCGUUUUUCCUCGCGUGGAUCGUGUUCUGGUGUAAUCUCGUGGCCGGUCUCGCCUUUAUGAUUUUCUCGAGGAAAAGGAAGAGGGACAAAGCGCCCACCGAAGAGAUAGCCAUGGCCGACGAGCCGACGAUAAUCGGGCGUUGAGCAAGUUAUUUUCUGACUGUUAUAUUCUUGUUAUUAUUAUUAUUUUAUUAUUUUAUUAUUAUUAUUAUCUUGUUACUAUUAUUGUUAUACGUGGAGAAACUGUGAAUUCUGAGUGUGAAUUAUAAACGAUGCUACUGA